GGCGUCGGGCGCGCCGUGCUGGGGUCCCGGGCCGCCUCUGGGCUCCGCGGGGCUGAACCCUGCACGCUUGGCCGCGCUGGGAGUCCUCUCCCGCCGCAUGUGCUCAGAAGAUAAAAUAACAGUCCAUUUCAUUAAUCGAGAUGGUGAAAAAUUAACAGCCAAAGGAAAAAUUGGUGACAGUCUGCUAGAUGUUGUGAUUGAAAAUAAUCUAGAUAUUGAUGGUUUUGGUGCCUGUGAGGGAACCCUGGCUUGUUCUACCUGCCACCUCAUCUUUGAAGAUCACAUAUAUGAGAAGUUAGAUGCAAUUACUGAUGAGGAGAAUGACAUGCUUGAUCUGGCCUACGGACUAACAGACAGGUCCCGGUUGGGCUGCCAAAUCUGUUUGACCAAAUCGAUGGAAAAUAUGACUGUUCGAGUACCUGACGCAGUGGCUGAUGCCAGACAGUCUGUUGAUGUGGGCAAGAAUUCCUAAGUUACAAUAAAAACAAAUAUUUUCACAAAAAUUUACCUAUUUUUAUAAUUAUUUUUAAUGUAAUUAAAUGAGCACAUGAGUGAAUGGAUUUAUUAUGACUGGCUUUGCUUAUUUUAGUUCACCUUGUAUAACUGAAUUUUGUAGUAUGAAUGUGAUCUUUUAAUUAAAUUAUAUAAAUAUAUGUCAAAUAUUAGAAAGUAGCUGAUACAAGUCCUUAUGUAUUUUACUUUAUGUGUACUUAGCAGCUUUAGGAAAGUAUUACCAUGUGAUUUUAUGUCUGCCUGUGUAGAAAGUACAUUGGAAAGGUGCAGUUGCCUAUUUGAUACGAGUGAGGCAGAGAUCAAAGUGGCUUGCCAAGGGCCAUAUGACCAGGAAAUCUGUGUUAAACCUUGUAACUUGUUACUAUAAAUUUUCUUUUUAGACUGAA